GAACGAGGUCAACAGCGUAUAGACCGUUGCCAUAGAAACCAUCUUGGGUCCCAAUAGAGCCCAUCAUGGCUGCCUUGCAAAAUUUCGGAGGUGUUUCUUCAAAAUCCUGGGAAAAGAGGGAGAAAGACGAAGAGGGAAGAGACAGGGAGACACUGAUGGACGUGUUUUGUGCAACAGUGAGAGAGAAGAUUGUGCUGCAGCGGCUGAUUGUGAUUGCUCGUCUGCCCUGUUAUCUCACAGAGAGGACAGAAAUAGCAGCUCAUUAUGAAAGGCUAAAUUUUCAGAUAAAUAAGCAGUACAUAUGGGAUCAUAUGACAGGCCUGCUGCUAAUUUAUCCAAACUGUGUCCUGCAUGUUAUUGAAUCCUCCAGAGAUGUUUUGUUUUCAGUUUUAAAAGAUCUCAGAGACAUGCAGCAGCAGACGACACAGAGUUUACUUGAGGGCCCAAAGGUCAUGUUCAUGGACCAUGGUGCUCAGAACAGACUCUUCCAGCAGUGGAGCUACAAGGUGCUGGAUGUAGAUCAGAAUGGAAAACCUGCAGCUGUAGAACCGGAGGAAGAAGAAGAUGGGAUAGACACUCUGGUUUGCAGUGUCCUGUCAACACUACAGAACCUGGGCAGACACCUGGAAAUAACCAAGAAGGCUCUCCCUGGAUUAUUGCUUGACGAGUCUCCAGAGCUGGUGGUCUCUCAGGAUGUAGUAGGAAAACUCCUCACUCGACAUGAACUCCUGGAUCCACAGCUGUACCUACAGAUGUACGACUCCUCCUUAAAUGUCAGACUGACUUUUGGACAUGGCAUUCAAAGCAGCUGUGUCACCACAAUUUAACCUUCUGGGAUAAGAUAAGUAAGAGCUUUACUUACCAUGUAUUUGGACCAAUGAAUUCAGAAUAACAAAAUAAAUAUUAUGACAUUCACUCCAGAUCCAAGUUCACCUAAAACAGUAAAAAUAUAACAAAAUCAUUUUUGACUGAAAUAGACAUUUUGUGCUUGUCAUUAUCAAAGAUCUGUAUGCACAGGGCAUUUCAUUGCUGCCAAAGUAAAACGUUUACUUUUGAUUUACCUCCUAGUUCACAGCUGUAAUAAAAGCUUUUAUGUGCCCGCAGAAUGUGCAUGGCCUUCGCCGCUACACAGCGGACGUGACUGAUAUUCUUCUGAGCACAGAGACAAAUCAGCAGGACACAAGCAGACACUUUUAUACCCACAUCAACUCACUGACUGCAUGUCAAUGUAAGACGAUACUGUCUGUACAUUACAACAAACGCCCAAAAACCCACAGAAAACUUCAAGUCGUAUAAAAACAUUUUAUUAGUGUCAAUAUUUGGAUUAAGACUCUGACUUUUGUUUUGAUCAUCUUCUUUUAUAUUACACUUUUUUCCUCCAAGUGACCCACAGACAGUCUGAUUUUUAGUUUUCUUCUUCACCCAGUGUCCCCAGUUUCACACAAACAAAUUCCAUAUCUUAAACAUUUUUUUGUUAAAUAAUGUUCUCCCGUGUUAACUUUUGGACCUCAGUAAAUGAAGCCAAGAGGGAUAGUUGAAUGCUUUUUUAAUUAACUUAUAUAUAAAGAUACCAGGGAGGACAGAAGGGAAACUUGAUGUAGCAAAUCUAAACCUGCAUGAGUCAGGGCAUUCAUUACAUGUCCAUUAAACCAUCUUUUUUAAAAAUUCUUUUUUAGGUUUUUGUUGCUUGUAGCCUAUAAAACCUUCCUACCAAAGUCCAUAGACAAAAUCAGUCGAUCCAACGUUGGCUAAGUUUGAGUUCAAAUUUGUAUUGUUUGAUUUCAAGUUCUUUUUAUGAAGUCUUUGUUUUGAAUUCUCUUAUUUUGCUUUAACUGUAUUGCCACAACUUACUAAAUGAUGCAAUAGGAAGCCAUGGACCUCCUCUCUGCGGAGUCUGCGGUCUGCGUGUGACAAAAAAAUUUGAUUUUUUUUUCUAUGGGCUUUGAUGCCAAGGGGAAAAGAAGGUACAAAACAAUAACUUUCUCCUGUUUCACCAGUGUUUUCACUCAAAAUGCAACCCAAACUGGAGUAAGACUAGGGGGAGUUGAAAUUUUUUGGAACCUUCAGGAGUCCAACCACUUCACUCUCUGGUUCUAUGAGAUUUUAAUAAUACACUUUUCAUUAAUCAUAUGUAGACACAGUAGUCCGUGGACUUGAACCCAAUCACUAGUGUCCAAACCAGCAGCCAUACAUAUAUGUUCAGUGAUCACAAAAAAGCGUUUUUUUGUGGUGAAUUGUCUCUUUAGGUUCAAUAACAAUGGUUAACAAUAAUAAUAAUAAAAAAGACGGUUUAAGGUUAAACUGUGAUGGCUGCGUGGACUACAGUACAUUGACACUUAAAAGCAGUCUGGGUAAAAUAUUAUUUUCUGUUCCAUCAUGACGUCUGAUGUUAUAAAGGUGUGGAACAAAGGCAGGUAGAUAGAUUUUGUGAGCAAAUGUCAAAGGGAGCACUGGAUUAUUUCUUCUUCAGGAAUGUACACCAUUUUACUUACAAAAAUAAAUAAAUACACAGCACAUUAGGACAGAACCAAGGAGGAGACGCUUGGCCAAAAAGCAUGCUGCUGAAUUUUACACAAGACAAUGCCAUAUAAUUUACUUUUGUCCCUUAACAUUACACACUUUGAUAUUCCAAAAUACGCCCACAACACACACAUUUCUGCCUGUGAACACACACUUUAUCCUUAGGACUUUCUAAUAUUUCUUUCACCAAAAACAGGCACCUUCAGAGUUUAGUGCUCAGAGGACAUGCUGGUCAAAAGAUGCAUGACGAGGGACAAUGUCUUUUUUUAACUGUCUCUGCAUGACAGUGUUAUUGUAAUAAAGUUGUUUUUUACGAUUCCUAUAUGUACACAUUUGAUCUGACACUUUAAAAACAAAAGAGAUAGGCAAAAGGAAAAUAUUUGGGCAAAAACAGGACAAACUCUGCCUUGAACUUUUGUUUCUUCUCUGUCUCUUAUAAAUGGACAGAAACAUUUCUGAUAAGAGAGAAGUCAGGAGCUGGGUGUGGAGCUAACAGAGCUAGAAUAUUGAGGCAAAAGUAUUUUAUAAAGCUUUUAAAGAGGUAUUUUUAAAAUUGAAAUACAGACAGAG